AUGUCGCCCCAAUUGUUUCACGUAGUCACAGCAAUAGUCUUUUUGCUGGCGACGAGCCAUGCUGGGGACCACCAUGAAGGAAUUCACAGAAUCCCUGGCAAACCUGGACUGAACAAAAUGCCUGCAAAAGAAGGAAAGCCUGGUUUAAAAGCAGACCCAGGACUGCAAGGCCUACCUGUUUCUCGUGAUCCUGAAUUAGAAGAAACCCUCAAAGGAUUCAAAAAUCAAAUUGCCAGACUGGAAGGAGUCCUUGCCAUGGAUGGGACCAUAAAGACAUUUGGAAAAAAAAUGUUUGCUACCAAUGGGCAAGAAGUCGAUUUUGAGACCACACUGGAAGCAUGCAAACAGGCGGGCGGCUCCAUUGCAUCUCCCAGGAAUAAGGGGGAGAAUGAUGCUGUUUUCAGUAUUGUGAGGUUAUUUAACAGAUAUGCCUAUCUGGGCAUUAAGGGGGGUGGGAUUCCAGGUAAAUUCAGUUUCCUGGAUGGAACAGCUGUAAAUUACACAAACUGGCAUGCAGGUGAGCCCAGUGACAUAGGGAAAGAAAACUGCAUGGAGAUGUGCACUAAUGGUGCCUGGAAUGGCACAAGUUGCAACCAGUACCGCCUCACUAUCUGUGAAUUUUAAUCCUUGCUCCUACCUUUCCUUCAAAAUGUCGGACAUCUCUAGGGUCCUUUGAAUUCUUUCUUUCAUCCACAAACAAGAAUCUGUUUUCUCAGCAUUGUA